UGGUUGGGCAGAGAGGCUGGCUGGGAGGGGCCUGCUCUGAUGCAGCAGAGGCAUAUGACAGCAGUAGCAGCAACAGCAAUCACAGAGCUUCACCAGGCAGCUUUUGCUGCAGUCCGCUGAUUGCCACUUUCUUCCAGGCAGCGAGAUUCCACCGCAGCGAGCCCUUGGAGCAGACUCCGCAUGGGAGCUUGUUUAAGGAGUACCUGACUAAACAAUUGGGUUAUUCUUUACCUGCAGGAGAAGUGCCUGUCUUCUCUUUACACAGGUCCCCUGCUGUGGCUUCCCCCCCUCCCAUCAUUAAUUUAUUGGAGCUAUUUUCCUCCCUUCUUCUUUUUUUCUUUAUUACUGUUCUCAUUAUUCACUUCCCAAAUCUGUGCUGCAUCACCAGCUCUCAUGAUGCUGUGCUCAGGAGCCCAGUGUGUUCCCCGCCUCUGCUAGGCAGUGGCAGCAUGGAUGGUGCUCUUGUGACGACCUCUGCUGAUGCUAUCAGUCCACUGCGGAUAGGCAUGCUGAGUAAUCCUGCUGUCAAUGGGCGAGGACACGGACACACGGAAAAUUAACCACAGCUUUCUGCGAGACCACAACUAUGUGACUGAAGAUACUGCUUGUGCUGGAUGCCAAGUGUGUGGAUUCAGCUUCCUUCUGGAACCUGGACAGGUUACCCCUGGGAAACCUUGCACUGUGCCUGGCCCUGCAGAGAACAUGGAAGGAGAGAGCAUCUAUGAGAUUGAUUCUGAAGAUGGGGUUGGAGCUGAUAUUAUUUCUACAGUUGAGUUCAACCAUACUGGAGAACUGCUGGCUACUGGGGACAAGGGAGGUCGGGUUGUUAUAUUCCAAAGGGAACCUGAGAGCAAAAAUGAGCCUUACAGUCAGGGUGAAUACAAUGUUUACAGCACUUUCCAGAGCCAUGAACCUGAAUUUGAUUAUUUGAAGAGCUUGGAGAUAGAGGAAAAAAUAAACAAGAUCAAGUGGCUACCACAGCAAAAUGCAGCCCACUCUCUCUUGUCAACAAAUGACAAAACUAUCAAAUUAUGGAAAAUUACUGAACGAGAUAAGAGACCAGAAGGAUAUAACUUAAAAGAUGAAGAAGGGAAACUUAAAGAUCUUUCUACAGUAACAUCACUACAGGUGCCUGUGUUGAAACCUAUGGAUUUAAUGGUAGAAGUCACUCCCAGGAGGAUCUUUGCUAAUGGUCACACCUAUCACGUCAACUCAAUUUCUGUCAACAGCGACUGUGAGACAUACAUGUCAGCUGAUGAUCUCAGGAUUAACCUCUGGCACUUAGCAAUCACAGACAGGAGCUUCAACAUUGUAGAUAUAAAGCCAGCCAAUAUGGAGGACCUGACGGAAGUGAUUACUGCCUCUGAGUUUCAUCCCCAUCAUUGCAAUCUCUUCGUCUACAGCAGCAGCAAAGGCUCCUUGAGACUCUGUGACAUGAGGGCGUCAGCCCUCUGUGACAAACAUUCCAAACUUUAUGAAGAACCAGAAGACCCCAGUAAUAGAUCAUUUUUUUCAGAAAUUAUCUCCUCUGUGUCAGAUGUCAAAUUCAGUCACAGUGGCAGAUACAUGCUGACAAGGGAUUACCUCACUGUCAAAGUUUGGGAUCUGAAUAUGGAAACAAAGCCUGUAGAAACAUACCAAGUCCAUGAUUACCUUAGGAGCAAGCUGUGUUCCCUUUAUGAAAAUGACUGCAUCUUUGACAAGUUUGAAUGUGCGUGGAAUGGAUCAGACAGUGUCAUAAUGACAGGUGCAUAUAACAACUUCUUUCGAAUGUUUGACCGAAACACCAAACGUGAUGUUACCUUGGAGGCAUCCCGGGAGAGCAGUAAGCCCCGAGCUAUUCUGAAACCCCGCCGAGUCUGUGUUGGAGGCAAACGAAGGAAAGAUGACAUCAGUGUCGACAGUUUGGACUUUACGAAGAAGAUCUUGCAUACAGCAUGGCACCCAACUGAGAACAUAAUUGCUAUAGCAGCGACAAACAAUCUGUACAUAUUUCAGGAUAAAGUGAACUCAGAAAUGCACUAGGUUUAUCAAUAUCCCUCUGUAUUUAUAAGCCAGCCUUUUGAGAGUUGUAGAAGGACGUGACCUUCGCAAAAGUGUGGUCGUUGUGGUGGAAUUUGUAGAAUCCAUCCCUCCACCCUUCACUCUGUAUCAUUGGUGGCAACCAACAGUUUUAAAACACUGCAACUAUGUAAUUAUACAAAUACUACUACAGAUUCAGUUCUUUGGUCUAGAUCAGUUUUUUUAAACAAUCAGGGGUAUUCAUUUGGGAACUGUUCCUGUUAGGUGCUGAGUACCUUCCACUCCGGUUAACUCUCAGAGGAGCUCAGUGCUUCACAGGACCAGGGUCUUAUGCUGCUGCAUUCCUCUGCAGCCUUCAAGGUUUACCACAUUAUUAGAGCUUUUUACAUUAGGCUCUUGAUUUCUUCAGUAAUGCUUUAUAGGCUUUCAAAGUGACAUGGACUUAUUUCUCAGUGAAUAGCUGCAUCCCCCUUAUAUCACAGUGCAGAGAAAAAAGAUCUUGACAGUUACUAAACUGGAAACAAAAUAAAUGAUUUCCCUUAAUAACAAGCAAAAAAGUUGCUCCGGGUCCACCUGCCAUAUUUCCAUCUCUAGUGUUCUGCCCUCCCUCUGUAGGAGUGCCGGAGUUCUACAAACACUUUUACAGUUUUUUUACGUCUGCUAAAAAUCCUGACUUUGUAUUUCAACUUUCUGAUUAAAAAAAUGAAUUACUGUAGAUUUAUUCAGCUUCUUCUUAUAAAAGGCAAUUUACUCUGCAUAUACAUUUCUAUUCAGUCAGGCUAUAGAUGUAAAGAUAGCAGUUACAGUGGGUGCUAUUUAAAAAUUCAAUAUUGGCUACUUCCUGGUUACAUACUAUUCAGAGCACAAAGAGAUGUUAAUGCAUAUACACAUGAGUUAUUUAAAUAGUGGGGUGGGAUUUUCAAAAGCACUCAUGUGUUGUCCUAACUCUGCUGCUAUUGAAGUCAAUAUUUGAUUUCAGUGGCCACAUCCAGAUGAGGCCGGACGUUUGGUUCCCCAGGGACAGGCAGCAGUGGCAUACUUUGUGCCACUGCCUGUCCCUGGGGAAUGCUUGUGCCAUGUGCACUGUGGCGUACAGCAGGUUACCCUGGGGGGGUAGGAGAGGGCAGCAACUGUGCUGGCCUCAGCAGCCUUAUCUGGGAUCCUGGGGGUUGGGGAAGCUGCAUCCAUGGCACUCCUGCAGCUGGGAGCCUGGCCGCCACAUGCAUUAUCCCGCUUUUUCUGUGCGGGUUUUUUUUAGCUUGGGAUCUCCUGGGGUCAAAUCCCCACCCCCACUGCAAAGUAGCAGUGCAAGGAAUGCCUGACUGUGCAGCGUGUAGCACCACAGACAGGUCUGUGGCACCACAUACUGCACAUCUGCGCUCGUCUGGAUGCAGCCAAUGGGUGCAAAGCCAGGUCAAAACUAUGCACUCUUAAAAUCCUUCAUUUCCUUACUGCAUCACAGUUAUUGAUCUCACAUGUGUAUUUUCAGUAUACCUAGAUAAUGCAGCAUAUGCCACACUAUCUCUAAGUGCUAUGAAAGUUACCAGUUAGCAUGGCUCAGUGAAUGUUAAGUUUUCAGGUUGCGCCACUGUUAAGGUCACAGAAAUGAUUUGUGGAUUAAAUGGAGGGAAAUGUUUACAAAAGAUCACAAUGUAAUUGGAAGAUGCUUCUAUUGAGAGUUUUAUGCAAGUGGUGUGAUGCUCUGUUCUGAAAAUUCUUUUAAUCUACGAAAUCUUUCUGUAUGCCUACUAACAUCUGCAGAGAACAAAUAUUACCCCAAAUGAUUUCUUUUCAAAGCACGAAUAAAGGAGUGUAAAUGAUUCAGAUGAUCUGUCUGAUCUACACUGAUUAAAAUCCCUCACAUACAAAAGGUUCUUUUAUGACCCUAAACCAUUCUGCAUUGACUUCUAACUAAUGGAGAAUGACUGAUAAAUGGACCUGCAUGCUUUUAUAGGUUGAUUUGGGGAGGGUGGGGUGGGUGGGAAAUCUGCUAACAAGGAUUACAAAAAAGCUACAACUUUUUCUAUGAAGUCUUGCCAUGACACACAAAAUACAUACCUUUAAAAUUUUCUAGAACAAGGCUGUAUAGUUUUUGUGUGUAGAAGCACAAACGCAUGUGCAUCAGUUUCCAACCAUACUAUACACAUACCAUAUGAAACGUGUAGGUUAACUUUCAAGGGAAUGAGGAAUGUUUGUUUAUACAACACUGUAUGCUCUAGAAGACAUGGACAGUAUUAUAUGUACAUAUUCUAAUUAAAUUUAGCAAUCACCUUUUCUCUUGUAAAAAGGUUUAAGAAUGUGGUAAAUUGUAUAGAAAUCUUGUUAAUGCCAAACUACUGCUUCAAGGGUAUCAUACAAUUUCUUUGACUUUUGGCCUCAUCCGUUAACCUUUGCAGCUCAAAAUGCUAACAGCUCAUACUGGCAUUUGCAGCUAGAAGUACUGUAAAACAUAUAUUUAGCUUCUAACAUCUUCAAAUGAGAUUCUAUAGAUAAUUUAUUAUAAAGCAGAUCUUAAUACAACAGUUCUAAUAUUUUAUUUCAAGUACCUUAGUCUGUUUCACAUUUGGGUACCAAAAAGAUCUUGUUAAAAUAAAGUAAAUCUUUGAAGCGUUAUGAAAUUAUUGACUUCCCAACCAAAAUGAUGAGAUGUGACUAUUAAAGAAAAAUCUAGAAAUCUUUAAAAGACCAGUAUCCCAGUCCUGUCUGACAUCACUAGUACAAUUUGGUUGCCUGGUCUUCUUGAACGUAAGAAAGUUAACAUGGUCAUUGUGAAACUUUUAAAACUUUUUUUUUCCUUUUUGGUUUGAGCUUUCAGUGCCGUAGACUAAGUGAUGGUAAAGUUGGUAAAUCUGAUUGUUUUGAAAGCUGUUGUUCAUGGCUGCAUUCUUUGUGUUGCACAAGUUAGCUAACUGUUGUUGAAUAAAAAUAUAAAUAUGUGAAUACCAGCUUUUUUUCAAUAAAAUGACAGCAAAAAAUGCAUAAAAAUUA